AUGGUGUGGCAGAGGAUGGAAAAAAAUCUGUUGAAGGAAGAUGGAGACUUCCAGGACCAGCUGGGCGUCUGUGGCCUUGCCAAUCUGGGCAACACAUGCUUCAUGAACUCAGCCCUGCAGUGUCUGAGGAAUGUGCCACAGCUCACUGAGUACUUCCUCAGCAAUUACUAUCUGGAAGAGGGCAACUUCUGUCACCCACUGGGCAUGAAGGGUGAGGAGAUUGCAGAAGCCUAUGCAGAUCUGGAAAAAAAUCUGUUGAAGGAAGAUGGAGACUUCCAGGACCAGCUGGGCGUCUGUGGCCUUGCCAAUCUGGGCAACACAUGCUUCAUGAACUCAGCCCUGCAGUGUCUGAGGAAUGUGCCACAGCUCACUGAGUACUUCCUCAGCAAUUACUAUCUGGAAGAGGGCAACUUCUGUCACCCACUGGGCAUGAAGGGUGAGGAGAUUGCAGAAGCCUAUGCAGAUCUGGUAAAGCAGGCGUGAUCUGGCCAGCACUGUUCCAUUGUGCCCCAAGUGUUCAAGGAGCAAGUUGGCCACUCUGCAUCCCAGUCUCUGGGCUAUCAGCAGCAUGACUUGCAGGAGCUGCUGUCAUUCAUUCUGGAUGGGCUGCAUGAGGAUCUCAGUCGAGUCAAGAAGAAGGAAUACGUGGAGCUAUGUGAUGCUGCUGGGAGGCCUGAUCAGGAGGUGGCUCAGGAGGCCUGGCAAAAGCACAAGCGGUGGAACAAUUCUGUGACUGUGGACACUUUCCAUGGCCUUUUCAAAUCCACACUGGUAUGCCCUGAUUGUGAUAAUGUGUUGGUCACCUUUGACCCCUUCUGCUACCUCAGUAUCCCACUGCCCCUCAGCCCCAUGAGGGUCAUGGAAGUCUUCUAUGUCUCCAUAGAUCCCCGCCGUAAACCAGAGCAGCACCAGCUUGUUCCCAAGAAGGGCAAAAUCUCGGAUCUUUGUAUAGCUCUGUCCAAACACACCGGUGUCCAGCCAAACAGGAUGAUGGUAGCUGAUAUUUUUAGUCACCGCUUCUAUAAGAUCUACCAUCUGGAGGAUUCUCUGAAUAGCAUCUUGGACCAAGAUGAUAUCUUCAUAUAUGAGGUGUCAACUAGAGCUGGGACUGACGAGGGCAUGAGAGAGGAUGUUGUACUUCUUAUCUAUCUGCGGGAGUACUCUCCAGCUCAGGAGUUUAACAACUCCUACUAUGGCCUGAUGCUUUUUGGGCACCCACUCUUGCUGUCUGUAUCCCGUGACCGGUUCACCUGGGAUUCCUUGUAUCACAUCCUGCUGUACCAUCUCUCAUGCUAUGUGGCCAGGCCUGGAUCAGAUGAUGAAGAUGAUGGGGAUGAGAAGGAAGAUAGAGAGAAUAAGGUCAGUGUCUCCAAGAUGGCAGGGGACAACCUUCAAGAUCCUGGGCCAGAACAGGGUUGGCCCAGCUCUGGAGUCAUGAGCAGGAACCAGGUCCCUGAGGACAACACCCCUGGUUCUCUUAACUGGCCCCAGAGGUCUCAGCACAAGCAAUUAUUCACUCUGUAGACAGUGAAUUCCAAUGCCAGUGACCACAUGACCUUCAGUGAAGAUGGCCAUGCUCAGCCAUACAUUGCAACUGACUGGAAGCCAGAGAUGAAGAAAUGUUACUAUGAUGAGGUGGAGGCUGAGGGCUAUGUGAAGCAUGAAUGUGUUAGCUAUGUGCUAAAGAAAGUGCCUGUGCAGCUGCAGGAGUACAUUAAGCUCUUCACCACUGUUGAGACUUUGGAGAAGGAAAAUCCCUGGUACUGCCCUAAUUGUAAGCAGCAACAGUUGGCUCCCAAGCAGUUGGACCUGUGGAGGCUGCCUGAAAUCCUGAUUAUUCACCUGAAGCUCUUUUCCUACACCAAGUUCUCUCUAGAGAAGCUUGACAUCCUUGUGGAGUUCCCUAUCAGAGACUUGGACCUCUCAGAAUUUGUUAUCAAACAAGAGUCAGAUCCAGAGCUGUGCAAGUAUGACCUCAUCUCAGUUUCAAACCAUUAUGGAGGCUUGCGUGAUGGACACUACACAACAUUUGCUUGCAACAAGGACAACAGCCAGUGGCACUAUUUUGAUGAUAACAGUGUCUCACCAGUGACUGAUGAUGAGAUUGAGUCCAAGGCAGUAUAUGUCCUCUUCUACCAACGCCAAGAUGUAGCAAAACUCCUGCAGUCCCAGUCUGGCCUAUGUACCCCAGCCCUCCCUGCCUGUCAUUCCCCAUCCAGCUCUGAGUCCAUGGCUAUAAACAAAAGAUCCCUGAGUCCUGUCCUACAGAGAGAAAACAUCUUUACAAUCCGCACCCCAUGCCUCACCCCUAUUCUCUUGUUGUACAAAAAUGAAUUAAGAGGAAAGAAUCAUCUUCAAGAUGGCAUGCAUAAGAAUCAGAAGAAAUAA